AUGUCGCUCAACGUACGAGCGUCGCUUGUGUUGAUCAUGUUGGCCAUCGGUGCGGUGCAAUAUGCUGAAAGCAGGAAGCUAUUGAAGUUGGCUGCUGCCGCUGCGAUCAUACGUGGCGGACCGAUAAUUCCGAUUCCAAUUCGUUACCCUGUGCAUGUGCCUCAUCCGAAAAUUGUCAAAGUGCCGGUAAAGGUCCCUGAACACCAUCACAGUCAUUCGGUCCACAAGGUGGUUGUACCGGUUCAUACCCAUUCUGUUUCGGAGAAACACGUACCUGUACACUCACACGCGCACUUAGAGAAGGCCGUUGCCUUGCCAGUAGGUCACGGGCACGGUCAUGAGAGCUUCGGUGACUACGGCGGGCACGGUUUGGAGUUAGGAGGUUUUGACGGUGGACAUGGACAUAACGAGAUCGGGCAUAUCGCUGAUACCAGCUUCGGAGGGCACAGCUGGUAG